CUUCACUACAGUUAGGUUUAGAACAUUUCUAAUCUAACUAGUCGAAAUCAAUCUAAUAUUAAUUUUUUUUUACAUUUUGUUUUGAAACAUCUGUCAUUUGGAUUAGUUAGAUUAAUCAGUAAAAUUAAUUAAAUGUGUUGAGGUUUUUGGGAUAAAAUUUAUAACUAGCUAGUGAAGAAGGACAGAAACACGACUCAUGGCGACUUUAACUUCGUUGUGCUGCCUGUUUACCCUGGCGGUGAUGACGCACUACAUGUGCCACGUCACAGCAUAUCUACAGUGCACAGAAAAUGACGAAAGUGUAAGAUUGUGGAUCAACUUCACCAACAAUCUGAACUACGCUGUCAAUCUUACAAUUCCUGAGGACAACUAUUUCGGCCACGACCUGACCUCGACCUGCCCAGAACUCAGCUCUGGCAGAAGUCAACAGGGCCGGUCUCUGUGUCCGUGGACAUACCAGAUCAGCUAUGACUAUAACAGGUACCCCAUCGCCAUGCAUUACGCGCGAUGCAACUGUGGGCGGUGCCCACCCCCGGGCGCCAUACACUACUACCAGCAGCACGUCUGCAAGCCCCUGUACCACAUCUACACCGUCGUCAGGAAGAGAUGUAACGCCAACAACAAGAUCGAGUACUACAUGACCUCGGAGACUCUGCCCGUCGCCUGCAUCUGCUCUCACCUCGCAUAUGACGUGGCCAGCGGGUAACACAAAAUGUGGAGCGGAAAAGUUUGGACGAAAGAAGAGAUUUGUAGCUAGAUCUGGUUACGAUAGCUACAAAGCUUAGACUAAAAGUAAAUAAAACAA